UGCGCGAAAUCGUCGUUUGCCAACCGCCAAUAAGCCUAACCGAAGAAGAAGAAGCGGAAGCAGCAGCCGCGCGCACGCGCUGUGAGUGACGCUCAUAUUCUGCGACGACCCGAAAGACGAGAAGAAAAAGGCGUCAUGGCUUCUCGCGGCGCGGACAAGCGUGGUCUUGAACACUUGGACGACUAUGAGCCGAAACACGCGAGACUCAUGCGCAGCCUUCACGACCGCAUGGCAGAGAAGCGGCUGGUUGUGAUCCUGGAGGGCGCGACGCUAGAAACCGUGAAGGUUGGCAAAACUUUUGAGCUGCUUAACUGUGACCAGCACAAGAGCGUGAUUAUUAAAAAUGGCAGGGAUCCGGGGAAAAUCAGACCCGACAUAACACAUCAGAGCCUCCUCAUGUUAAUGGACAGUCCGCUGAACAGGGCAGGCCUGCUGCAGGUGUACAUCCACACAGAGAGAAAUGCCCUGAUAGAGAUUAACCCACAGACCCGCAUUCCAAGAACCUUCAACCGCUUCUGUGGCCUUAUGGUUCAGCUGCUGCACAAGCUGAGUGUUAGGGCAGCUGAUGGUCCUCAGCGGCUCCUAAGGAUGAUAAAGAACCCGGUGUCGGACCAUCUCCCGCCGGGCUGCCCCCGCAUCACCACCUCCUUCUCUGCAGGGGAGGCCGUCUGCCCGCGGACGGUGGUGCCCGCCGACGGCCCUGCAGCAGUGGUGAUCGGAGCAUUUGCACACGGCUCGGUGAAUGUGGACUACUCGGAGAAGUCUGUAUCCAUCAGUAACUAUCCCCUCUCUGCGGCGCUCACCUGUGCCAAGAUAUGCUCUGCCUUUGAGGAAGUCUGGGGUGUGUUGUGAUGAUGAGGGAAGAAGCUGGCGGUGCUGGUCUGGAUGCUGCCGUGGCCGACUGUGUGGACACGUUUUGUAUUGAGAAGUACAAGAUGUGACAACAGCGUUGCACUAAACGUUUGUUUCACCGGGGACGCCGUGCGGACGGUGAAGGUUAUUUGGAUGUGAUAUUUGGUCGUCAUCGCUAGUGCUACACCUUAAGGCUGGUGGUGUUUGGGAUAACAGUGGCAUGACAUGCCCACCUCACUGCCCUGCACCACCUGAAAUAUGCAAAGAACUUGUGCCCAAUAUUCCUUAUACCAAUUCAGAGUUUUGUUUUUUCUACUAUUUGCUGAACUUUGGAUUAUAAAUCAGUGUACAGUUACAUUAAAAUAGGUAAGU